GGUGAAUGACAGUGAGUCACCGGAUUCCGUCGGGGGAGGAAGGAGACCGACACCGCAGCGCAUUCUGCAGCGGUUUUUCUCGCGGUGAACCAUGGAUCCUGGUGAGGAAGAUGCAGGAGGGGGCGGCCUGGAGACGGUUGUUGCCGUCGCCGAGGUGCCGCAGGUCACCAGGUACAUUUUGCGUAUCACCUCUGUCAUGCUGGAAGAUGACGAUGAGCCAUCAACAGAACUGCAGUCGGCUUUCAAGAAUCCACAUAACAUUGAGAUGAUCCGUAAAUUUGUCACAGAUCCUCAGACAAAAUCUGUUCUUAUUCAGAGAUGUGCAACCAAAGAAGAGACCGAGGAAGGUGGAGAAGUAGAGGAGGAAAAAGAAGUGGUUUAUCUCAUCAGCAUUGGGGUACAGUUCACUUCCAUCAAAAUGAACAGUAUUCUAUGCAUCAAACGAGGUGGUGUCGUAGAAGCUGACAAGACCAUCUCCUCACAACUGAGAACACUGAAUCUCAGUGAUGGGUCCCCCUACGAGACUCUUCAUUCGUACAUUGCAAAUGCUGUCGCACCUUAUUUUAAAUCUUACGUCAAAGAAUCGGGAAAAAUUGAGAGGGAUGGAGAUAAAAUGGCUCCCUCAGUAGAGAAGAAAAUUGCAGAGCUUGAAAUGGGUCUGCUGCAUCUUCAACAAAACAUCGAUAUACCAGACAUUUCAUUGCCUAUACAUCCUACUGUUGCUCAGGUGAUAAAGAAGUGUGCUGAUGAAGGGACGCGCCCAAAAGUAGCGGACUUUGGGGACAGGGUUGAGGACUCAAACUUCCUCAAUCAGUUGCAGAAUGGUGUUGCAAGGUGGAUCAGAGAAAUUCAAAAAGUAACCAAGCUCGAUCGAGACCCAUCCAGUGGCACAGCCCUACAGGAGAUAAGCUUCUGGCUGAACUUGGAGCGUGCCCUCCUCAAAAUUCAGGACAAACGGGAAAGUCUGGAAGUUGCUUUGACUCUGGAUGUCCUGAAGCACGGGAAGCGAUUCCAUGCUACUGUCUCUUUUGACACUGACACAGGUCUGAAGCAGGCCCUGGCCACAGUGAAUGACUAUGCUCCUCUCAUGAAGGACUUCCCUCUCAAUGACCUUCUGGCUGCCACCGAGCUCGAGAAAAUCCGAUCUGCAGUCCAGGCAAUCUUUAACCACCUGCGCAAGAUAAGGUCCACCAAAUAUCCAAUCCAGAGGGCUCUUCGACUUGUUGAGGCUAUAUCCAGAGAUCUGUCUUCUCAGAUCUUGAAGGUACUUGGAACUCGUCGUCUAAUGCACAUUGCCUUCGAUGAGUUUGAGAAAGUUAUGAGCCAGUGCUUUGAUGUGUUCAUCACAUGGGAUGAUGAAUAUGAGAAACUGCAGGGUCUCCUAAGAGACAUUGUGAAGAAGAAGAGGGAUGAACAGUUGAAGAUGGUGUGGCGUGUGUCCCCAGCCCACAAGAAACUCCAGCUGCGCAUGGAACAGAUGCGCAAGUUCCGCCGUCAGCACGAACAGCUGAGAACAGUCAUUGUGAGAGUUCUGCGUCCCUCUGUGGUGAAGACAACCACUCUGGCUGAUGGAGAUACUGCAGAGCUCAAGCCAGAAAUGGAUGCAGCAGAUUUGAAUGCCAUCGAGGAGGUGAAUCUAGCCUAUGAGAAUGUAAAGGAGGUUGAUGGGCUGGACAUCAGCAAGGAAGGUACAGAAAUGUGGGAGGCAGCUCUGAAGCGCUAUGAUGAGCGUAUUGAUCGAGUAGAGACUCGCAUUACAGCCAGGCUGAGAGACCAGCUAGGAACUGCAAAGAAUGCCAAUGAAAUGUUCCGCAUCUUCUCGCGUUUCAAUGCUCUAUUUGUUCGUCCUCAUAUCCGAGGAGCUAUCAGGGAGUAUCAGACGCAGUUGAUACAAAGGGUGAAGGAUGACAUCGAGAGCCUUCAUGAAAAGUUCAAGGUCCAGUAUCCGCAAAGUAAGUGUUGUAGGAUGAGCCAUGUCCGUGACCUGCCACCUGUCUCUGGCUCCAUCAUUUGGGCAAAGCAGAUCGACCGCCAGCUCACUGCAUAUAUGAGGAGGGUAGAAGAUGUCCUGGGCAAAGGCUGGGAGAGCCAUGUUGAAGGGCAGAAGCUAAAGGGGGAUGGAGACUCCUUCCGACUCAAGCUCAACACCCAGGAGAUAUUCGAUGAUUGGGCCAGGAAGGUUCAGCAGCGCAACUUAGGUGUAUCAGGGCGUAUCUUUGCAAUUGAAAUGCAUCGAUCCAGAACAGGAAAAGGUAAUGAGUACAAGCUGAAGGUCAACUUCCUACCUGAGAUUAUUACUCUCUCAAAGGAGGUGAGGAAUCUGAAGAACUUAGGGUUCAGGGUACCACUGGCCAUUGUCAACAAAGCCCACCAAGCAAAUCAGCUGUACCCAUUCGCCAUCUCUCUCAUUGAGAGCGUCCGCACCUAUGAAAGAACCCUGGAGAAGAUGGAGGACAAAACCAACAUCUUGCUCCUUGUAGCAGGAAUGAGAAAAGAGGUUCAAGGACUUCUAUCAGAGGGUAUGUCACUUGUCUGGGAGUCAUACAAGCUGGAUCCCUACGUUCAGCGCCUGGCAGAGUGCGUCUUCACGUUCCAGGAAAAGGUGGAUGACCUGUUAGUGCUAGAAGAACAGCUGGAUGUGGAUGUCAGGUCACUCGACGUGUGUCAGUACGCACACUCAACCUUCGCAGAGAUUCUUAACAAGAUCCAGAAGGCUGUUGAUGAUCUGUCACUUCACCAGUACUCCAACCUUCACAUCUGGGUGCAGAGGCUGGAUGAGCAGGUUGAGAAGAAGCUGGCUGGUCGCCUGCAGGCUGGCAUGCAAGCUUGGACUGCAGCUUUGCAAGGACAGAAGGAUGAAGAUAUUGAUAUUCCAAUGGACACAGACACACCAGACAAGCCUAUCCACAAACCAGGCGGAGAUCCCAAGAUCACGCAAGUGGUGCAAGAGGUGCGCAUCACCAACCAGACCAUGUACAUGCAUCCCACCAUUGAGGAAGCUCGCUACCAGAUCAUGCAGCAGUUCUUCAGCUGGCAGGCCAUCGUCACGUCACAGAACCGCAUCCAGAGCACUCGCUACCAGGUUGGCCUGGAUCGCCCAACCACCCAAGUGUAUCGCAACUUGCUGAUCAAACUCCCAGAUGAACAUUCAUUCAUCAAGGCAGCCUAUGCUGCAGUGGAUGCUGUAGUGGAUGAGGUCACAAACUACGUGAAGGAGUGGCUCCAGUACCAGGCAUUGUGGGAUCUUCAGCCAGACCAUCUCUACGGACAGCUGGGAGAUGAUGUGGCCAAGUGGAUGAAACUCCUCCAAGAUAUCAAGCAGUGUCGCACAACCUUCGACACUUCUGAGACCCGACGUGGUUUUGGCCCUAUUGUGGUGGACUACACCAAGGUUCAGAGCAAGGUGUCACUGAAGUACGACUCGUGGCACAAGGAUGUCUUGAGCAAGUUUGGCCAGUUGCUGGGUCAGGAGAUGACACACUUCCAUGCACAGGUUUCCAAGAGCCGCAGUGAGCUGGAACAACAGAGCAUUGAUGCUGCCAGCACCUCUGAUGCAGUGACACUCAUUACCUAUGUGCAGUCACUGAAACGCAAGAUGAAAUCUUGGGAGAAGCACGUAGAUAUGUACAAGGAGGGCCAGCGCAUCCUGGAGCGCCAGAGGUUCCAGUUCCCUAACCAGUGGCUUCAUGUGGACAACAUUGAAGGUGAAUGGGGUGCUUUCAAUGAAAUCAUCCGCCGCAAGGAUUCAAGUAUCCAGACCGGUCCUGCAAUUGUUGCAUCCCUGCAACUCAAGAUUGUUGCCGAGGACAAGGCAGUGGAGUCACGCACCAAUGACUUCCUACAAGACUGGGAGCACGGAAAGCCUGUUGAAGGACACAUCCGUCCUGAUGAGGCUCUCCAGCGCUUGCAGAUGUAUGAGAGCAAAUUCACAAGGUUGAAGGAUGACCGUGAUAAUGUAGCCAAGGCCAAGGAGGCCCUGGAGCUGCAGGAGCCUGGUGCACUGAACACCUCAGAGGACAGAAUGACUGUUGCAUAUGAGGAGCUGCAAGACCUGAAGGGAGUAUGGGCAGAACUGGCAAAGAUAUGGGAACAGAUUGAUGAGAUGAAGGAGAAACCAUGGCUGUCUGUCCAACCGAGGAAGCUCCGAGCUCAGCUAGACCAGCUGCUGACACAGUUGAAGGACCUCCCAGCUCGCCUACGCCAGUAUGCCAGUUACGAGUAUGUGAAGAGGCUACUGCAGAGCUACACCAAGGUCAACAUGACAAUUGUGGAACUCAAGAGUGAUGCUCUGAAGGAACGUCACUGGAAGACCCUGAUGAAACAGCUGCACGUGAACUGGGUCCUCAGCGACCUCACCCUUGGACAGGUGUGGGACAUUGACCUGAUGAAGAAUGAGGCCAUCAUCAAGAAUGUGAUCAUCACUGCACAGGGAGAAAUGGCCCUGGAAGAGUUCUUGAAGCAGGUGCGUGAGUCAUGGCAGAGCUAUGAACUUGACCUCAUCAACUACCAGAACAAGUGCAAGCUCAUCCGUGGCUGGGAUGACCUGUUUAACAAGGUCAAGGAGCACAUCAAUUCAGUAGCAGCCAUGAAACUGUCUCCCUACUACAGGGAGUUUGAGGAAGAGGCUUUGACCUGGGAAGAGAAGCUCAACCGCAUCAACUCGCUCUUCGAUGUGUGGAUUGAUGUCCAGCGUAGGUGGGUGUACCUGGAAGGCAUCUUCUCUGGAUCAUCAGACAUCAAGGCACUCUUGCCUGUGGAGACAUCAAGAUUCAGCAGCAUCAGCACUGAAUUCUUGAAUCUGAUGAAGAAAGUGAGCAAGUCUCCAAUGGUGAUGGAUGUAUUGAACAUCCAGGGUGUGCAGAGGUCCCUGGAACGUUUGGCUGAUCUACUGGGCAAGAUUCAGAAGGCCCUUGGAGAAUACUUGGAGCGAGAGAGAUCAUCCUUCCCCAGGUUCUACUUUGUGGGAGAUGAAGAUCUGCUUGAGAUCAUCGGUAACAGCAAGAACAUCCCUCGCUUGCAGAAGCACUUCAAGAAAAUGUUUGCUGGUGUCACUGCCAUCAUCUUGGAUGAGAAUGAAACCAUUGUCACAGGCAUUGCAUCCCGUGAGGGUGAAGAGGUUACCUUCAACAAGCCUGUAUCUACAGUUGAGAAUCCAAAGAUCAAUGAAUGGCUGAAACAGGUAGAGAACGAGAUGCGCAUGACCCUGGCACAGAAUCUGGCAGCAGCUGUUGCAGAUAUCAAGCAGUUCAAACAUGGACCCAUUGAUACCCAGUCAUACCUUCAGUGGUGUGAUAAGUAUCAGGCACAGCUGAUUGUGUUGGCUGCACAGAUCUCCUGGAGUGAGGAGGUUGAAGCUGCUCUCUCCACUGCUGCCAAUGGUGACUCCUCAGCGCUGCAACAGGUGCUGGUUCAGGUGGAAGCAACACUGACUGUGCUUGCUGACUCUGUUCUCCAAGAACAGCCACCACUUCGUAGGAAGAAGUUGGAACAUCUGAUCAACGAGUUUGUCCACAAGAGAACUGUGACAAGGAACCUGAUCAAGAACAAGGUGUCGAACCCCAAGUCCUUUGACUGGCUGUGUCAGAUGCGCUUCUACUUUGACCCUAAGCAGAAUGAUCCUCUGAAGCAGCUCAGCAUCCACAUGGCCAAUGCCAAAUUCAACUAUGGAUUUGAGUAUCUGGGUGUCCAGGACAAGCUGGUACAGACACCACUGACCGAUCGCUGCUACCUCACCAUGACUCAAGCUUUGGAGGCCAGGCUUGGAGGAUCGCCUUUCGGUCCUGCUGGUACUGGUAAGACUGAGUCUGUAAAGGCUCUGGGUAACCAACUUGGCCGCUUUGUCUUGGUGUUCAACUGUGACGAGACCUUUGACUUCCAGGCCAUGGGCCGUAUCUUUGUUGGUCUCUGCCAGGUUGGAGCCUGGGGUUGCUUUGACGAGUUCAAUCGUUUGGAGGAGAGGAUGUUGUCUGCUGUAUCACAGCAAGUGCAGACCAUUCAGGAAGCACUCAAAGAACAGGCUGGAGCUAAGAGUAACCAGCAGGUGUUGACCGUGGAGUUGGUAGGCAAACAAGUGAAGGUCUCAACAGACAUGGCCAUCUUCAUCACCAUGAAUCCUGGCUAUGCUGGGCGAUCCAACCUCCCGGACAACCUCAAGAAACUGUUCCGUUCCCUUGCCAUGACCAAGCCAGACCGGCAGCUCAUUGCCGAGGUUAUGUUGUUCAGCCAGGGCUUCAGGUCGGCAGAGAAGCUUGCCAGCAAGAUUUUUCUUCAAGUGAGUCCUUUUUUUAGUAUUGGUAGGUGUGUGUGUGUUCAUGACUUGUCCAGUCUCACUAACUGUCUCCGAGCCCUGUCUGCUGUGUCUGCUGGUAAUGUGAAGCGAGACAGAAUCCAGAGGCUGAAGGAGGAAAUGAAGAACCGUGAAGAAGAGAACAUUGACGAAGGAACCAUUGCUGAGAAUCUUCCAGAACAGGAGAUCCUGAUCCAGAGUGUGUGUGAGACAAUGGUUCCCAAGCUGGUGGCCGAGGACAUUCCUCUCCUCUUCUCCCUUCUGUCUGAUGUGUUCCCUGGCAUUGAAUACACCCGAGCCCAGAUGACUGGCCUGAAGGAGGAGAUAAGGAAGGUGUGCCGGGAGCAGUUCUUCGUGUGUGGCGAAGGAGAAGAGCAAGGAGCCCAAUGGAUGGAGAAGGUCCUCCAGCUCUACCAGAUCAGCAAUCUGAACCACGGCCUGAUGAUGGUGGGUCCCAGUGGCUCCGGCAAGUCAACUGCCUGGCGCGUUCUGCUCAAGGCCCUGGAGCGCUUUGAGGGCAUUGAGGGCGUGGCACAUGUCAUCGAUCCCAAGGCCAUGAGCAAGGAAGCACUGUAUGGUGUACUCGAUCCUAACACCCGUGAAUGGACGGAUGGUCUGUUCACGCACAUUCUCAGGAAGAUCAUUGACAAUGUGCGAGGCGAGAUUAGCAAGAGGCAAUGGAUCAUCUUUGAUGGUGAUGUAGACCCGGAAUGGGUAGAGAACCUCAACUCUGUCCUUGAUGACAACAAACUCUUGACACUGCCCAAUGGUGAACGUUUGUCAAUCCCACCAAAUGUCAGGAUCAUGUUUGAGGUACAAGACCUCAAGUAUGCAACCCUUGCUACUGUUUCUCGCUGUGGUAUGGUAUGGUUCUCGGAGGAUGUGCUGUCAGUUGAGAUGAUCUUCGAGAACUUCCUCUCUCGUCUGUCCAACAUCCCAGUGGAAGAGACAGAGGAAGAUGCUGGUUUCAUGAGGAAGUCAGACAAGAAGAAGAAUGAUGAAAUCACACCAACACUACAGGUGCAGCGAGAUGUUGCUGCGAUCAUUGCUCCUCACCUGAGCACCGAUGGACUGGUUGUGAAGUGUCUGGAGUACGCAACCACCCACCUGGAGCAUGUCAUGGACUUCACUCGCAUGCGUGCCCUCUCUUCUCUCUUUGCCUUGCUUAACCAGGCAGUUCGGAAUGUGGUGCAGUACAACAACACCCACCCUGAUUUCCCCAUGCAGUCUGAUCAGCUGGAGAGAUAUAUCCCCAAGGCCCUGAUUCACUCCCUCUUGUGGAGCUUUGCUGGAGAUGGCAAGCUCAAGGCUCGCUGCGACAUGGGAGACUUCAUCCGUAACUGUACAACCAUCCCUCUGCCACCCAAUGCCAACACCCCAAUCAUUGACUAUGAGGUGGCCAUCAGUGGCGAGUGGCUUCUGUGGUCGAACAAGGUGCCCAGCAUGGAGGUAGAGACUCACAAGGUAGCAGCCCCUGAUGUGGUGGUGCCUACGGUAGACACUGUAAGGCAUGAGGCUCUGCUGUACACCUGGCUGGCUGAACACAAGCCGCUGGUCCUGUGCGGUCCACCAGGUUCGGGUAAGACCAUGACCCUCUUCUCAGCCCUGAGAGCACUGCCUGAUCUGGAAGUGGUCGGCCUCAACUUCUCCAGCGCCACAACACCAGAGUUGGUUCUCAAGACCUUCGACCAUUACUGCGAGUACAGGAAGACCCCCAAUGGCAUCAUCUUGUCCCCAGUCCAGCUUGGGAAAUGGUUGGUGGUGUUCUGUGAUGAAAUCAACUUGCCUGAUAUGGACAAGUAUGGAACACAGCGAGUCAUCAGUUUCUUGCGUCAAAUGGUGGAACAUGGUGGUUUCUACAGAAUCUCAGAUCAAGCCUGGGUUAAGCUGGAACGCAUUCAGUUUGUUGGAGCUUGUAACCCUCCCACUGACCCUGGACGAAAGCCCCUGUCUCACCGAUUCCUGCGUCAUGUACCCAUUGUGUACGUGGACUACCCUGGAGAGACUUCGCUCAAGCAGAUCUAUGGCACCUUCAACAGGGCCAUGUUGAGGAUCAUCCCAUCACUCAGAUCAUAUGCUGAUCCACUGACCAACGCCAUGGUGGAGUUCUAUCUGCAGUCUCAAGAGCACUUCACACAGGACAUGCAGCCCCACUAUGUCUACUCCCCAAGAGAAAUGACCCGUUGGGUUAGGGGUAUCUGUGAAGCUAUCAGGCCCCUGGAAACUUUGGAUGUGGAGGGCUUGGUGCGACUUUGGGCUCACGAAGCCUUGCGGCUGUUCCACGAUCGCUUGGUCAACGAUGAAGAGCGCAAGUGGACCAACGAAAAUGUUGAUGCCAUUGCCCUGAAGCAUUUCCCCAACAUCAACCGGGAUGUAGCCCUGGUCCGCCCCAUCUUGUAUUCCAACUGGCUCUCCAAGGACUAUCUGCCAGUUGAUCAGGAAGAACUCAGAGACUAUGUCAAGGCUAGAUUGAAGGUCUUCUACGAAGAGGAAUUGGAUGUGCCCCUGGUACUUUUCAAUGAGGUGUUGGAUCACGUCUUGCGUAUUGACAGGAUCUUCCGCCAGCCACAGGGUCAUUUGCUACUGAUUGGAGCAUCUGGAGCCGGCAAGACUACCCUCUCACGCUUUGUUGCAUGGAUGAAUGGCCUGUCAAUCUUCCAGAUCAAGGUCCACAACAAGUACACAGCGGAUGAUUUCGAUGAAGAUCUCCGUUCAGUUUUGAGGCGGUCUGGAUGUAAGGAUGAGAAGAUCUGCUUCAUCCUAGAUGAGUCGAACGUAUUGGAUUCGUCCUUCCUGGAGAGAAUGAACACCCUGCUUGCUAACGGUGAAGUUCCUGGCCUGUUUGAGGGUGAUGAGUACACAACUCUGAUGACUCAGUGCAAGGAGGGCAGCCAGAGGGCAGGUCUCAUGCUGGACUCGAGCGAAGAACUCUACAAGUGGUUCACUGGUCAGGUCAUGCGCAAUCUGCACGUCGUGUUCACCAUGAACCCAUCUGCCGAUGGUCUGAAGGAUCGUGCUGCCACAUCUCCUGCCUUGUUCAACAGGUGUGUGCUCAACUGGUUCGGAGAUUGGUCCAAUGGUGCGUUGUUCCAGGUGGGCAAAGAGUUCACCAAUCGUAUCGACCUGGACAAAAUGAAUUGGAGUCCACCAGACUACUUCCCCGUGGCUUAUGAGAGUCUGCCUGUACCCCCAACACAUCGUGAUGCCAUCAUCAAUGCCUUUGUGCACGUCCACCAGACACUCCACCGUGCAAAUGCUCGUUUGGCCAAGCGAGGCAGCACAGUCAUGGCCAUCACACCAAGGCACUACCUGGACUUUAUCAACCACUUUGUCAAACUGUACAAUGAGAAGCGCUCUGAACUGGAAGAACAGCAGCUCCAUCUCAAUGUUGGUUUAGGCAAGAUUGCAGAAACAGUAGAACAGGUUGAGCAUAUGCAGAAGUCUCUAGCAAUCAAGAACCAGGAGCUGCAGGCAAAGAAUGAAGCUGCCAACUUGAAACUUAAACAGAUGGUGAAAGAUCAACAGGAAGCUGAGAAGCAAAAGGUUGCCAGCCAGGAACUUCAGGAACAGCUGGAGGCCCAGACUGAGCGCAUCAGCAUCAAGCGCGAGGAGGUAAUGAAGGACUUGUCCAAGGUAGAGCCUGCUGUGCAAGAGGCCCAGAGUGCUGUGAAGAGCAUCAAGAAGCAACAUCUGGUAGAAGUGAGAUCCAUGGCUAACCCACCACCCAUGGUCAAAUUGGCCUUGGAGUCCAUUUGUCUGCUCUUGGGUGAGGCAACCUCUGACUGGAAGACCAUUAAGUCCAUCAUCAUGAAGGACAACUUCAUUAACACUGUCGUCAACUUCAACACCGAUGACAUGCCUGAUGACAUCAGAGAGAAGAUGAGGAAUAAGUACAUCAGCAACCCUGACUACAACUUUGAGAAGGUUAACCGUGCUUCACUGGCUUGCGGUCCCAUGGUGAAGUGGGCCAUUGCACAGAUUGAAUUCGCAGACAUGUUAAAGAGAGUAGAACCUCUGAGGAAUGAGUUGCAAAGCCUGCAGGACCAAGCUUCUGAGAACAAGAAGAAACAUGAGGAUGUGAAGACCCUCAUCAACCGCCUGGAACGUUCGAUUGCAGCCUACAAGGACGAGUAUGCUGUGCUCAUCUCGCAGGCACAGGCAAUCAAGACCGACUUGGAGAAUGUCCAGGCCAAGGUAGACAGGUCAAUGGCUCUGAUCAGGAACCUCAGCAUUGAAAAGGAUAGGUGGGCUGCCACUUCAGACACCUUCAAGUACCAGAUGUCCACCAUCAUUGGUGAUGUGUUGCUGUCUUCAGCCUUCCUUGCCUAUGGUGGUUACUUUGACCAACAGUUCCGUCAGAACCUCUUCACAAACUGGUGUCAUCACUUGCAGCAGGCCAAUGUGCAGUUCAGAGGAGACAUUGCUCGCACAGAGUACCUGUCCAAUCCGGAUGAGAGGCUGAGAUGGCAGGCAAAUGCUCUUCCAGCUGAUGAGCUGUGCACAGAAAAUGCCAUCAUGCUGAACAGAUUCAACAGAUACCCACUCAUCAUUGACCCAUCUGGACAGGCCACAGAAUUCAUCAUGAAUGAAUUCAAAGACAAGAAGAUCACCAAGACGAGCUUCUUGGAUGACUCCUUCAGGAAGAACUUGGAGUCGGCCCUUCGAUUUGGUAACCCGCUCUUGGUGCAGGAUGUCGAGAACUACGAUCCUAUCCUUAACCCUGUCCUCAACCGUGAGCUGCGCAGGACUGGUGGCCGUGUGCUGAUCACACUGGGAGACCAGGAUAUUGAUUUGUCACCGGCCUUUACCAUCUUCCUGUCAACUCGUGACCCAACUGUAGAAUUCCCACCAGACAUCUGUUCUCGUGUUACAUUCGUGAACUUCACAGUGACAAGGUCCUCUCUCCAGUCGCAGUGCCUUAACCAGGUGCUGAAGGCUGAGCGUCCUGACAUCGAUGACAAGAGAUCGAACUUGCUGAAGCUGCAGGGAGAAUUCCAGCUGAGGUUGCGACAGCUGGAGAAGAACCUGUUGCAGGUCCUGAAUGAUUCUAAGGGCCAGAUUCUGGAUGAUGAUUCUGUCAUCACCACUCUGGAAACUCUGAAGAAGGAAGCCGCGGACAUUUCCCUAAAGGUCCAGGAAACUGACAAGACUAUGCACGAGAUCGAAAUGGUGUCACAGCAGUAUUUGCCACUCUCUUCGGCAUGUUCGAGUAUCUACUUCACCCUGGAUGCCCUCCACCAAGUACACUUCCUCUACCAGUAUUCUCUGCACUUCUUCUUGGACGUCUUUACUGAUGUCCUCAGCAACAACCCCAACAUCAAAGACCAUACAGACUAUACCCGCAGACUGUCUAUCAUUACGAAUGAUUUGUUCCAGCUUACCUAUCAACGUGUGUCAAGGGGCAUGCUCCACACGGAUAGACUCAGCUUUGCUUUGCUCCUUGCGCGCAUUCGCCUUCGCGGAGUUUCUUCGGAGUCCACUUACGACCCAGAGUUCCAAUACCUCCUCAAGAGCAAGGAAGGUCUCUUCAACUCCAGCACCUCUGCCAUCGCUGGCCUCACUCCAGAGCAGACUGAUUCUAUGUUGAGGCUUAGUAAUAAGAUCCGAGCCUUCAACAACGUGGAUAAAUUUGUUGGAACAAAGGAGUUCUCGACCUGGAUGGAGGCUGAUGCGCCCGAGCUCAAUGUACCAACCAUCUGGGAGACCGAGAAGCAGCUUUCCCCUGUGGGUCUUUCUGUGUACCAGAUGUUGGCUGUACAGGCCUUCAGACCUGAUCGACUCUAUGCUGCUGCUAACAACUUUGUGAGCAGUGUACUGGGUGACAGCUUCUUGGCCAUAGGAGAACGAGAGGUGGACCUGACCAAGAUUGUUGAAAUGGAAGUAAAGGCCAAUACCCCAGUACUCAUGUGUGCUGUACAAGGCUUCGAUGCUUCAGCACGAGUGGAUGACCUGGCUGCUGAGUUGAACAAGCCCAUGACUGCCAUUGCUAUCGGUUCUGCUGAGGGCUUCAGCCAAGCUGACAAAGCCAUCAACUCUGCUGUGAAGAAUGGCAGGUGGGUGAUGUUGAAGAAUGUGCACUUGGCCCCUGGUUGGUUAGUGCAGCUGGAGAAGAAGCUGCACUCUUUGCAUCCUCAUCCACAAUUCAGGCUGUUCCUCACCAUGGAGAUCACUCCACGCCUGCCUGUGAACCUUCUGCGUGCCGGUCGAGUGUUUGUCUUUGAACCUCCACCGGGUAUUCGAGCCAACCUAAUGAGGACGUUCAGCACGGUCCCAGCAUCUCGCAUGAUGCGUGCCCCAAGUGAGAGGGCUCGCCUGUACUUCCUCCUGGCUUGGUUCCAUGCCAUUACUCAGGAGCGUCUGCGUUAUGCACCACUGGGUUGGGCCAAGUACUACGAGUUCAAUGAGUCAGAUUUGAGGGUGGCAUGCGACACUCUUGAUACUUGGAUUGAGGCAACAGCUAUGGGUCGCACAAACCUCCCACCAGAGAAGGUACCUUGGGAUGCCCUGGCAACGCUAAUGUCUCAGUGCAUCUACGGAGGCAAGAUUGACAAUGAGUUUGAUCAGCGGCUCCUCACCUCGUUCUUAUGCAAGUUGUUCACACCCAAGAGCUUUGAUCCUGAUUUUGCUCUGGUCAGCAAUGUUGAUGGCAAGGAUGGCCAGAUCACAAAUGCGAGUGAAGGUAUCAGGAGAGACCAGUUCCUUCACUGGGUUGAAUCUCUCAGCGACCGCCAGACACCAACCUGGCUCGGACUGCCCAACAAUGCUGAGAAGGUCUUGCUUACCAACAAAGGUACUGAUAUGUUGGGUAAGCUGUUGAAGAUGCAGGUGCUGGAGGAUGACGAUGAACUGGCCUAUGGAGGAGAUGAGUCUCCUGGCACUGAGAGGCGGGAAGUUGAGGGACGUCCAUCUUGGAUGGUCACGCUGAACCAGUCUGCUGUUACUUGGCUUUCACUGCUGCCAGAAAUGGUCAUCACUCUGCGGCGCACAGUGGACAACAUCAAGGAUCCUCUGUAUCGCUACUUUGAACGUGAAGUUAAUUCGGGAGCUAAGCUUCUGCGCAUUGUGAGGAAUGAUCUAAAUGAUGUCAUCCUUAUCUGCAAGGGUGAGAAGAAACAGACCAAUUAUCACCGAACAAUGGUUAGCCUGCUUGUGAAGGGCAUCAUCCCUGAUCAGUGGAAACUGUACACCGUACCACGAGGAGCCACAGUGAGUCAGUGGGUCACUGACUUUGCACAGAGAGUCAAGCAGCUGCAAGAUAUCUCCCAACAAGUGGCACAGUUUGGUGCAGUGGAACUUAAGAAUGUGACCAUAUGGCUUGGUGGUCUCUUCAAUCCAGAAGCUUACAUCACAGCUACAAGGCAGUGUGUAGCUCAGGCCAACUCCUGGUCACUGGAGGAACUAACAUUGGAAGUGUCCAUUGCUGAUUCUGAGGGUCAGGUCACAGCUGCAGGUGGAUUCAACAUCAAGGGUUUGAAACUGCAAGGUGCCCUGUGCAAGAAUAAUGAACUACACCUCACUCCAACUAUCAUGACAGAGCUGGCAAUGGUCACCCUUCAAUGGGUGCACCUGGAAAGCACUGAAACAGACAAGAUUACCCUGCCUGUCUACCUGAAUGCCACCCGUACAGACCUACUGUUUACUGUUGACUUGACAAUGGGAGCCAACCAGAGCACCCACAGCUUCUAUGAGCGUGGUGUGGCACUUCUGACUUCGACUAGUCUCAACUAAUUCAGCAGAUUUCCCAUGCAGAUAUUUGGUUUUAAUGAAUUUUAAUUAUGAAAAAGAUUCAACACAUUCCUGAGAAUAUUUCUGUGUAUUGAUUUUUAAUUGGAAUAUGCAUAACCAAAGAAUAAAAGGCUAAUAUAAUUU